CGGAGCCUCCAUCACUCACCGACUCACCGCCGCCGAGGCGCGAUGGAGGCGUCGCCGAGCUAAUCCGAGUCCCGGUGACCGAACAGGAGGCUAAAGUCCAGACUGCGGACUGUUGGACCCAAAGAGCUGCAGAUUCUGAUGGAGGACGGUUCACCUGUUCAGCCCGAACGUUUGUGUGGAUCUUUGCUCUCCAUCUCUGGACUCUGAAGUGUUUCUGAUCCGAGUCGCUCCUCUGCAGCCAUGACGCCGCCGGCCUCCCGUCGAUCUUCGCCGAUGCUCCGGCUGCUCAUUUCCAGCGCCGCCGCGCUGGUGGUGAUGAUGUCACAGCCUGUGUCGGCGGUGGAACCGGAGACGUGCUUCUCCAGACAGCACCAGAACGCCAUCGUCAACGUCCGCAUGGCGCUGAACAGAGCCUCCGCCGCCAUGGACGCCCGCGUGGUUCGGUCCGAGAGGGACUGUGUCCUCGCCUGCUGCUCCGAGGAGGUCAAACCAGGGGCCAAAUGCAACAUGGCCGUGUUCAACGGCAACAAGCACGGCGGCGACGACAACUGCUUCCUGUUCCACUGCCAGACGGACCAGGACUGUCCGCUGACCAAAGCCCUGGACGGCAUCAACACCUACGACAUCUACAAAGGUUUAAAUCAUCCAACCAUUGUGAGAGCUGCCACCACCACAGCCACCUCCAGUUCAACCAGUUCAACCUCCAGUUCAACCACCACCACGCCAGCACCAACAACACCGACAACACCGACCACCACGAGGACGACUUCAGCAGCCAGUCUGGUCAUUGUCCCUAAAGGCGCCGUCCAGUCCGAUCACGUCCUCCAGAACUCUAGCGUGGGCCGGGGACAGGCGGCGGCGGCUCGGGGGGCGCUGAAGAGCGGCGUGGUGGCGUUCAUGGUGCUGGGACUCGCCGUGCUCACGCUCGCUCUGGCCGUCGGCGGCCGCAAAGCGAUGGAGUCAUUCGACCGGCGACAUUACACGAGACUGGAGCUGAACGACCUCCAUUAUGAGGUGUGA